GGGCGGGCGGCGGUGGCGGCGGUGGCGGCGGUGGCGUCGGCGGCUCGGGGCUAGGCGCUCGGCGGUCGCUCGCUCGCUUACCGGCGGGCGGGCGGCGCGAUGUCGGGCGAGGACGGCCCGGGGGCGGGCCCCGGGGCAGCGGCGGCCGCGGCCCGCGAGCGGCGGCGGGAGCAGCUGCGGCAGUGGGGGGCGCGGGCGGGCGCCGAGCCGGGCCCCGGGGAGCGGCGCGCCCGCACCGUGCGCUUCGAGCGCGCCGCCGAGUUCCUGGCGGCCUGCGCGGGCGGCGACCUGGACGAGGCGCGCCUGAUGUUGCGCGCCGCGGACCCCGGCCCCGGCGCCGAGCUCGACCCCGCCGCCCCGCCGCCCGCCCGCGCGGUGCUCGAUUCCACCAACGCCGACGGCAUCAGCGCCCUGCACCAGGCCUGCAUUGAUGAGAACCUGGAGGUGGUGCGCUUCCUGGUGGAGCAGGGUGCCACGGUGAACCAGGCGGACAACGAGGGCUGGACGCCCCUGCAUGUGGCCGCCUCCUGUGGUUACCUGGACAUCGCCAGGUACCUCCUGAGCCACGGGGCUGACAUUGCCGCCGUCAACAGCGAUGGGGACUUGCCCCUGGACUUGGCCGAGUCGGACGCCAUGGAGGGGCUGCUGAAGGCGGAGAUUGCCUACCGAGGUGUGGACGUGGAGGCGGCCAAACGGGCCGAGGAGGAACUGCUUCUUCGUGACACGAGAUGCUGGCUGAACGGGGGCGCGAUGCCCGAGGCCCGGCACCCCCGCACGGGGGCCUCUGCCCUGCACGUGGCAGCCGCUAAGGGCUACAUUGAAGUGAUGAGGCUGCUCCUUCAGGCCGGCUACGACCCAGAGCUCCGGGACGGGGACGGCUGGACCCCCCUGCACGCUGCGGCCCACUGGGGCGUGGAGGACGCCUGCCGCCUGCUGGCCGAGCACGGUGGGGGCAUGGACUCGCUGACCCACGCGGGCCAACGUCCCUGCGACCUGGCUGACGAGGAGGUGCUGAGUCUGUUGGAGGAACUGGCCCGGAAGCAGGAGGAUCUGCGGAACCAAAAGGAAGCUUCUCAGAGCAGAAGCCAGGAGCCCCAGGUGCCUUCCAGCGGCAAACACCGAAGGAGCUCCGUGUGUCGUCUGAGCAGCCGAGAGAAGAUUUCUCUCCAAGAUCUGUCCAAGGAACGCCGGCCUGGGGGGGCAGGGGGACCCCCCAUACAUGACGAGGAUGAGGGAGAAGAAGGCCCCACAGAGCCACCCUCCACAGAAUCCAGAACUCUCAACGGAGUGUCUUCUCCACCACCCGCUAGCCCUCAGAGCCCCAUGCCCCCAGAAGAGGCCCCCUUCUCCAGGCGCUUUGGCCUCCAGAAGACGGGAAGCUCUGGUGCCCUGGGUCCCACAGACAGGCGGGGGGCCGAGGGCACCCCUGGGGCUGGGUUGCAGCGCUCAGCCUCGUCCUCUCGGCUGGAAGGGACCUCCCCGCAGGCUGAGGAGCCCCGCCUCGCCAGAGUUACGCCCACCCCCUCCCGUAAGGUGCCGGAGCCCUGUGCCCUGUCUGAGAUCUCCAGGCGUCCUCCCUCGGAUGACCCCACUCCUCCCUCCAGAAUUCCGGGGCCCGAAUCCCCAGUGAAGCCAAAUGUCCCUGCGGCCCCCACGGCGCCCCCAGCCGACUCCCGGGACCGGCGGAGGUCCUACCAGAUGCCUGUGCGGGAUGAGGAGUCUGAAUCUCAGCGGAAGGCUCGCUCUCGGCUCAUGCGUCAGUCUCGGAGAUCCACACAGGGUGUGACUCUCACUGACCUGAAGGAAGCAGAGAAGGCAGCAGGGAAGACCCCAGAGCCAGAGAAAUCGUGCCUGGACCCCUCUCGGAGGCCCCGAGUCCCGGGGGUGGAGAACUCUGAUGGCCCUGCCUUGAGAGCAGAGGCGCCUGACGGGCAGGGUCAGGGACCACAGGCCGCCAGGGAGCACCGCAAAGUCGGCAAAGAGUGGAGGGGGCCUGCGGAGGGGGAGGAGGCGGAGCCGGCCGACCGCAGCCCAGAGUCCAGCACUUCCGAGGGCGGCCCUUCACCUCGCAGUCAGCGGCAGCGUGACUCCCAGCCAGAAUCAGACGAGCCCGAUGGAGGCUUCAGGAAGCUGUACGCAGAGCUGCGCAGCGAGAACGAGCGGCUUCGCGAGGCCCUGACCGAGACCACGCUCCGCCUGGCACAGCUCAAGGUGGAGUUGGAGCGCGCCACGCAGAGGCAGGAGCGCUUUGCAGAGAGGCCCGCCCUCCUGGAGCUGGAGAGAUUCGCCCUGGGCCUCACCCCUCCUGUUUAUGCCAGGAGCGCAGGGCCCUGGAGAGGAAGGCGGCCGAGCUGGAGGAGGAGCUGAAGGCCCUGUCCGACCUCCGGGCUGACAACCAGAGGCUCAAGGAUGAGAACGCAGCCCUGAUCCGCGUCAUCAGCAAACUUUCUAAGUGACUCUGGCGGAGGACCUUUCCCCGUACCCAUAUUUAUACAGCUGCUUCUGCCACACGCACCCCUUCCCCUGUGUGAGCACGAGUGACAGGGCUCCCAGGGGCUCUCUGAGAAGCCAUAGCCUCCCUUCGGGGCCUCCGGACUGGGAGGGGAGCAGAAUCCCCAGGAGCCGAGGGGGGGGGGGGGCACCCGAGGCCAGGAUGGAGGUCAGAGGCCGAGCCAGGUAGGGGGACGUGGUUGAGGGGGGCCCGGGACCGGAGGUGGGACCACGGAGGAACCGCGGACCAGGAAGUGCCAGGACCGGAGUGGCCACCCGGAGGUCCCCCCUCACGUGUGAUGCCACCCCAGUCACCCCUCCCGCUCCUGAACAGGGAUCCGAGAAUGUGCCAAGAGUCCCGCCAGCCUGGGCCAGGGGGGCCUCUGUAUAGGGCCCGUGUGCAAUAGGGAGGGAUCUCUAUUUUUUGCUGCCCCCGCCCCGCCCACUGUCAGGGGCAGGGGGAGAAGAUAUUUUCGAGACAAAGCACAGGCACCACAAAUAAAAGUCGUGAAGUUGCCACUCA